GAUCUUCAUUUCCCAAAAUUUACCUUGCUGGUACCAAUAUUCCCAAAUACACUGGAAGAUCUGUCUUUAUUUCUCUACCCAAAUCUAGUUGUUCAUCUUCUGUGACAAGGACUUGCCCGUCAAAUUCCACAAAAAGCUCCUCUUGCUAUCGUAUUUCCAACCUGUCAAGCUGCCAAAUUUCCUGCAGGAUUCUAUCGAGAAAACCAGGCACAAUCCGACCAAAUUCUGUUAUCGGAGGAUCCCCGUCAUUGUACGCACGCGACAAGAACAAUCAUUGGAUUAAGAUCCAAGUAGAGCUACCAAUCAAGGCGACAAUCGUCUCCCUUUCUAUCGAAAUCCAUUUUCCUGGGAAUUUGUCUAGAUCUUAAUCAUCUUCAUUGCCGACUCCGUUCUCCUUCGGUACUUCCGUUUACAACAGAACUCGCAUACGCAUAAGUGAUCAUUUCGUUCUGCGACAAGCAACAACGGCUAAGAAGGAAAUCUGGGAAGGGGACUUCACACAUUGGUCAUAAGACGUCAUCAGAACGACCUUGGACUUUUCUAGGUUCAGUACAUUUCUCGAAACAUUGAUUUCAUUGUUUGGCAGAAGCUAGAACAUCAAAAAUCACAUAUAUUCAAACGGGCGUAUUCAACGCGACUUUUAGAGCCUACUGGGGCAAAGAUCCUUCGAAACUUCUAUUGUCUUUAAAGCUGGGCGCGCUGUCAAGCACGCGCCGGCGUCGUUCUCGCCGAUGUGGUUAUUCCGAGCUCUUUCCUCUGCGACCUUCCUCUUGUCGAUAAUCCUCUCCAUACCUAUAGCCUUCGAUGUUGGAGGUCGAGAAUGCGGGCUGGCAUUCUCCCUCGCCCUUUUCGAGUUCUACCUAUUCUACUCGACGUUAAAAUUAACGACGCCUGAUAAUUCGAGGAUACGAUGGGCAUUAAUACAACUCAUUGGGUGGUCGCAGUGGAUAAUACUGCCAGGGUUGUUGAUAUGGAGCAUGAAUCGAUUUGCAGUAGACGCAGAUAGUGAUGGAGGCUGGGUUACUAGGACCUUUGACGGCAAGCGUGCGAAAGACAAGGAAUUAAAAGAAUGGGUUUUUGGCUAUGGAGGUCUUCUCGAAAUGUUGACAGUUGGAACAUGGGAUAAAGUGUUACGAUAUUCAACGCCAUUAUUUCAAAUGGCAGAAGGGUUUUGCUCUCUUUUGGUCAUCCAAGCAGCUGGUCAAAUCACAAGAUACCUUGUAAAUCGCAGAAGUGAUACAUGGAUGAUUGGGCUACUCGUGUUAUCAGCCUCAAUUAUUUCAAGUGCUGUUUAUUUCUUACUCCGUAUCACGGGGUUUCCACAGAUCAGCAACGUCGAUGCUACACUUAUAGGCAUCACUAUGACUUGCGCAGUCUUUUUGUGUGCAUGGGGUAUCGGAAGUGGUAGAGGCAAUCCAGUGGAGAGCUCCCUACUUUUCGCUUAUUGCACACUUUGCAUAUACCAAAUAUUCACAGACUACCUUCCAUCGGCGACGGAUGAGAUUCCCCAAGCACCCGUUCAACCCGAUUUUCCACCGUUCCCUCCUAUCAUCAUGGCUUCUUACUCGACUCUUUUGAGUGUUUUAUCAACAAUGCCAUCUUUCGUCCAUUCAAGCUUUUACUUUUUAUACGCAGCCUUCCAGACAAUCACUCCCUCGAUCAUUAUAUCGCUUGCAUAUCGAGUUUUUGUAUUCUAUGCAGCCACCCGCAUUAUACCAGCGAUACGAGAGUCUGGAGCUGGAGCUCUGUCUCAGGAUAUGGGUCUGGACGAGAGUGAAGGAGAGGGUAAAAUCUUAGGACUACUAAGCUGGUUCAGUCCCUCAAUUUUGAUAGCUGUUUAUACUAGCUUAUUGAUGCAACAUUUCUCUUCUGUCACUUCUGAGGGGAAUAUGGGUGAAUGGUGGAUGAUGCAAGGUGGUAAUACUGGUGGCAAUAUAUGGCGUUGGAUUAAUGUUUCAGCAACCAUGGCUCUGUAUGCCCUGGAGCUAUAUUUAGCAAAGGAAGAUAUGGAUGGAUCCCUUACUGGGCAUUGGAAGAUUGAUUGAAGAAUGAUUGAAGAAGGCAAUGAGAUACCAUAUUUCAUGUGUCGGGGCUGGAUACCUCGUUCAUUUAUGAGACGACGCGAUGGCGUGAAGGCCACUAGCAAGAUGUGAAAGACAUCUUAAAAUGGCAGAGACGGUAAAAGACUAAUUCCCGAGUCUAUCGAGGAAUAACUCGAAUCAAGCGUCUGGAAGUGGAGAGGGGAAUAUAAUUGUGAUGCGAAUUUAGCAUAGCGUGGCGUUUACAAUGGGCAGAUCUACUAUUGUGGGGCAGUUAAAUAUAAAGUGUGGGUGGUAUCACUGAUGCAUUGGGAGUCAAGACUUGGAGUGGGAGCGAGAGCGAGAGUAUUACUUAUUACUUGGGGAUACCCUUUUGAAAGCCAAAAAGAUGAUCUUAUCAUCAUGUUCGUUUUACGGACAAGAAUAAUAACAUAAAACUUUAGAAUCA